CAGUGCUGCUAUCACACACUCUGCACAGCCACAGAAACUGUAGCUCCUGACUCAUCUGUGCAGUGAGUUCAGCUCAGGCUGCUCAGGGAUUAAUUUCACUCACUGGCCUUCUCUAGGAGCUGGAAAAUAAUUCAGAUCUUGGGUUCCCUGUGGAGAUGGAUCCAGGGGUGUGAGCCUUGCCCAUGAGACUUUCUGGAUCUUGUACCUCUGAGUCCCACUCCCCUUCAUGACUUAGGUUUAAAGUGGCUUUGUAAAUUGUCUUUCUGAUUAUUUUUUUUCCUUGUGUUAUCUGCAGAUAUAAUGGCAGGAGCUAGUCAGGCUUUUCUAGUUAGACUCUACCCACACUCCCAACUAGUUUUGGCAGUGUUCCCCUUUACAGGAAAAUUAAAUUCAGGCUGUCAGAAUUUUUUUCCUAAAGAUGGGCAGCUCUUCCUGCAGCUUUUCUCCCUUGGCCUCUGCUGAGCAGUGUUCAGCUGCAGCUACAGAAGCAGAGUUGCCAUCCUCCAGUGCUGCCUCUCCAGAAAAAAAGUCUAUUUUGGGCCUGCAGGGAGGAUCAGGGUGGGGAUUUGGAUGUCCUAGACCACCUCUGCCCCCCAUUUUGCUGAGGUUGUGUCACCUUGGGCUGCAAGCAAUGAAUUAUGUUGCUAAAGGUCAGUAUUUGGUGACCUUUUUGUCACCAUUUGUUGUUGUUUAGCUUUUUGUCCAUCUCCUUGUUUUUGUUCAGAGCUGAAGCCCCAUUAUUGAAUCUUUGCUCAAACAUCAAGUACUGCCAUUAUAAAAUAUGAGAGAAUUUCACAGCUUAUUUGAGGGCAAUAAAUAAGCUUUUUCUCAGCUUCUGCUGUUCAAGAAGUAAUGGGAGUUGCUGUAGUAAAUUAUUCAUAUUUUUGCCUUACCAUAAAGGAAAUCAGAUACUAUUGCCUUGCCAAGUCCAGAGGGAAUCCUCCAAAAAGCAGCUUUUUAAGAGCCACAUUAUUUUUUUUCCCUGCCAUUAAUAUGAAGAACAAAUACUGUAAACCUCUUAAUUUUUUGUUUUACUGCAGCGAAUUUCUCCCUCUUUCAUCUCAGUUUUUGGAUGCUCUUGAAAGAGCUUUAAAACUGAGUGUUUUAAAGCUUUUACAGGUUUUGUGCUCCUAUUUUUUGAAAACUUGGAAGCAGAACGAAAUUUGCAGUUUCCUGUCUCUAAACCCUUGCUGCUUUUCUCCUGCAUUUUGAAAUUAUUUGAUCCUUUGGCAGCAGGGCCCCCCUUUCAGCUGGACUUUGUCAAUAUUGUCAGUGUUACCUGUGGCAGAGGCAGCCACUGUCUGUGUCCAGUGUUUCAUGCCAGCUCUCUCAGAGAGCAUAUGCCUCAUAGAAAACCUUGAAAUUCCUCCAGUAAUUUUCCUUUACCAAAAAAAACCAAACAGUGAUACUCUGGACUGUGAACCAGACUGUCCUAGAAAGAGAAAUGAAGGCUGGGUUUCUCUGGAACUGGAAGUAAGCUGAUUUCUGGUGGCAAAGACAGCUUUGAAGAGGAUUCCAUUCUUGUGACCCACAGCAGUUGUUCUCCUGAAGAAAAUCAAGUUUCCUGUACCACCACCCCCACCAAAGUCCAUGGAGAAGUUUGUAUCAGACAGGCCUGUGUCUAAGAAUGAAAUCCCUACUCUUCCUUCCCAGAAGAAGCCAGAUACAAACUCAUGCCCUCAUGCACCUGCCAAUCAUCUUGUCCCUGGUGGGGUGGACGCUGAGAAAUGCAAGGCUAGCGAGAAGGAAAGGCACUGGAUCCGUCCUGAUACACCCAGCAAAUGCACCUGGAAACUUGGGAAACCCCUCUCUGCCUCCCCCCAUCAUCAUGCCACCCUGCCAGAGCCUCCGAAGAUCCUGCCAAACAUCCUGAAUAAAGUUGGCAAUACACCUUUGGUGCGGAUCAACAAGAUUGGGAAGCACUUUGGGCUCAAGUGUGAACUCUUGGCCAAGUGCGAGUACUUCAACGCCGGGGGCAGCGUGAAGGACCGCAUCAGCCUCAGGAUGGUGGAGGAUGCUGAGAAGGCUGGGAUCCUGAAACCUGGGGACACCAUCAUAGAGCCAACCUCUGGGAACACAGGGAUCGGGCUGGCCUUGGCGGCGGCAGUGAAGGGUUACCGCUGCAUCAUCGUCAUGCCAGAGAAAAUGAGCAUGGAGAAGGUGGAUGUCCUGAGAGCUCUGGGUGCUGAGAUUGUGAGGACCCCAACUACAGCCAGAUUUGAUUCUCCCGAAUCUCACGUGGGGGUGGCCUGGAGAUUGAAGAAUGAAAUCCCCAAUGCACACAUCCUGGACCAGUACCGCAACGCCAGCAACCCCCUGACACACUACGACACCACAGCUGAGGAGAUCCUGCAGCAGUGUGAUGGAAAGGUGGACAUGGUGGUGGCCACGGCUGGCACAGGAGGUACCAUCACUGGCAUCUCCAGGAAGCUGAAGGAGAAGUGUCCAGGGUGCAAAAUUAUAGGGGUGGAUCCUGAAGGCUCCAUCCUUGCUGAACCAGAAGAACUGAACAAGACUGACAAGACAACGUAUGAAGUGGAAGGAAUUGGAUAUGAUUUUGUCCCCACGGUGUUGGAUAGAUCUGUAGUGGACCAGUGGUACAAGAGCAAUGAUGAGGAGUCAUUUGCCUUAGCACGGAUGAUGAUCCGCGAGGAGGGGCUGCUGUGUGGUGGCAGCUCGGGCAGUGCCAUGUCUGUGGCUGUGAAGGCAGCCAAGGAGCUGAAGGAGGGUCAGCGCUGUGUUGUCAUCUGCCCUGACUCCAUCAGGAACUACAUGUCCAAGUUCUUGAGUGACAAAUGGAUGAUUCAGAAAGGGUUCAUGAAAGAAGAAGACUUUGGCAACAAACCUUGGUGGUGGAACAUCAGUGUUCAGGAACUGAGGCUCUCUGCCCCCCUGACUGUGCUUCCAACUGUUACCUGUGCAAAGACCGUGGAAAUUCUCCGGGAGAAGGGAUUCGACCAGGUACCAGUUGUUGAUGAAUCUGGGGUGAUUCUGGGCAUGGUUACCCUGGGUAACAUGCUUUCCUCACUGCUUGUUGGAAAAGUUAAGCCUUCUGAUGAAGUCAGAAAAGUAAUCUACAAGCAAUUUCAACAGAUUAACCUGAGAGACAACUUGGGGAAACUCUCUCACAUCCUGGAAAUAGACCACUUUGCUCUGGUGGUUCAUGAGCAAAUUCAAUAUCACAUGAAUGGCUCCUCCAGCAAGAGGCAGAUGGUGUUUGGCAUCGUGACAGCCAUCGACCUCCUGAACUUUGUGACCGCACGGGAGCGGGAGAGGAAAUCCAACUAAAGCCAAGCAGCAACGUGGAGCCUCUUCAAUAUUUUGCAAUCUCAAACAAAGAAUCAGGUUUAUGUCUUAAGUAGAAUGUUUUUUUUUUCCUUUUUUUUUUUUGGUUGGGUUGUUUUUUGUUUGUUUUUUAAUUCUGAAGAGAAGCAGUUAGCUAGCCUGGUGUCAGCUAUCCAGCCAAUGUGUCUUGCUGUAUUGCCCAGAUUCUGGGACUUGUUUCUUAAUCAGGUUAAGCAAUAUUUCUUAUCAAGACAAUUUAUUUUUUUACCUAUAUAUAUAUAUAUGUGUGUAAAAAAUAUUGCCUAAAUUAACUGGUUUGUUCCUUACUUGUUAUGUCUAAAGGCUGGCUUUCCAAAAUGUUGUUUCAGAAUCAUAAAAUGUGGUGAAAUAAAAAGGCAGAAGCAGAGGCCCAAGAGAGCUCUGGAAAGUUCUGGAAUUUUUAUUUUCCCACCCAUUCAAGGGUGUUAAAUUAGGUAUUACCUGUGUGGAGACAAAAUUGGGACUGGGAGGGGCAUAGGGAGAAGAAAGGAGGGUUUCCCUUUUGGUGGCAUCAUUGUAAAACAAGAGAAAAUCCUCAGGGCUGAAGCUGAGACUUGCUCCAACCAUCUGCUCUGAGGAAAAGCUGGUCUGAGUAGAAGCAUGGCAGUGAAGUGACAAACAUAAACCAGUGACACUGUUUUACACAGGGCACCAGCUUCCCUGCCAUGACAGACCUAUUCUUUUUCCAGUGGUAUCCUGAUAAGUAAGCACAAAUGGAAAGAUUUAAAAGGUGAGAUCAAGCAUCUUGCCUGAAGGUUUUUUCAAAUCAUUCUGUUUCAUCUCUUACCUUCUUCUUCCCUCCCCAUCCUUUUAUUUAUAUCAGUGUGCCUUUUUUGUGCCAAAGAAGAGCCAAAGAUAAUCUGGCAAGAGCUGUGAACUCUUCCAAGUCUUGUUCAGGUACUUCUACCUUGUAGUGCCUUAUUCUAGGAGAAAAGCCCUGCACUGGCUACCCCUUCAGAUUAGGGCUAUUGCUGAAGGAAAGUGAGCCCAUCCUUACCUUAAACUGUGGUUUGCCAUUAAACUCAUACACUUCUUUAAGAUUUAAGACAACUUUUCCCAAGACUCUGGAAAAAAAACUAUCAAUCUAUACAUGUGCAACUUCAAUAGUAGUUGAAAGGUUCUAAAAGGUGAUCAAUUUCUUUCUGAAAAGUGACAUUGUAGAUGUCACUGCUGCUAGAUUUUGGCAUUAUUUUGAAUAUUUACUUUACUGGCUCUUAUCUGAUUUUCUUUUCCCCAUUUUCCAUCUGACAUUCGAGGUGCUUGAGUAGCUAAGGUUUGUCCUUUUCCCUUGUAAAAACUCUGUGUCACUACCUAACUGAAUUCAGCAAGAAAUAUGAAAAUGGCAGAAGGAGGUUCUCAAAGCUGCUUUUCAGAGAGGAGUUAAAGGUGGGACAGCAAAUUAGUCAGUUAUAAAGAAGUGUAAAGAUUUGAAUCUGUUUUUUUAGUUCACUGCUCAUACAUUAAUCCCUGUAGUGCCAUGAAAACUGGCAGUAUUGUGGACUGAGACAUUGGAGGUGGUUAGAAAUGGUGGGGAACAUGGGAUGGGAGUCUAAAGCAUUCCAAGUAAGCCAGAGGAUCCAAAGGAAUUCACCUGCUCCUGUGGGGUUUGCUAAGAGCAGGAGCUGUCUCCAGUUCUGCACUGGCACAGGGAGGAAAAAGUCUUUCAUAUUCAGGGCAGCAACUUGGUGAGACCAUGGAAUGGGGUAAAUAAAUAGAUUUGCUGCACAACUGAAGAACUUUCCAGAGCUCUUUCCCAUGGCAGGGAUGAAGGCAGCAAAGAGAAGGGGACAGGGAAUCCAGCAGGGCUGAAAUUCCUAUGCAAAAGCUUGUAAAUGUGAUGCCUUUUUGCAUGUCUGAGAACAUCAUUGCUGGCCUGGUCCUGGUUAGUUGUGAUAGGGCUGAUUAAAACUGGGCUUAUCUUUGUUUCAAAUGCUCUGAAAGCCAAGAAAGACUGCAAUUUGUUCAGUCUUCUACCUGAAGCUGAAGGCCAGAGCCUGAACAAAACUGUAUUUUUUUUUUUCUGAAGUGAGUGCCUGCAUCUUCUGUUUACCUUUGCUGCUUAUGCAAGCGCUGACUAAACCUGAAAACUAUUUUGCACAUGGAUAUUUUUAUCAACAAUUUAUGCUGUAUUUGCUUGUCACUGUAAGAGAUUAUAGGUCCUAAUGUUGGCUGUGCAAAAAUACUUUUUAUUUUCUCACCUGAAGACAGCUAUUCAGUAAAAUUGGUACAAUAUUUUGCAAGCAGUUACCAGACAGUGACUUAAGGUUUAUUUUCAGGUUGUCAUGUCUAAUGUUAUUUCCCAUUUCUUGUACAAGCUGUGGCUGACUCCAGAACUCUGGCUAGCAGCUUAGCUCCUCUAAGCAGCCAGACCAGCCUCAUCUGCCCACCAAGCUCAUUUCUGAAAACUUUUGCUUGCUGUUAUAAAUCUCACUCAAGGCUCACUGUCUGAAGUUUCCUGACAUUGCCCCUGUUAUCCAACAGUUUUUCUUACUGUGUAGUGUCAACUAAUGGAAAGGGAAGAUUUCUUAUGCUUCAAGGAGCUGGGAAAAAUCAACACCAUGAGCUGUAUUUAUUGCACAGAUAUUCAUGAAUGUACAACACAAAGAGUUUAAUAAAGGCUGUUUGAUUGUGGAACGA